AUGAUGUGGGAGCUGCGCUCCAUCGCCUUCACCAGGGCUGUCUUCGCAGAAUUCCUGGCCACUUUGGUCUUCGUCCUCUUCGGCCUCGGCUCUGCCCUGAACUGGCCCUCGGCGCCGGCCCCGAGCACCCUGCAGAUCGCGCUGGCCUUCGGGCUGGCCAUCGGGACCCUGGUGCAAGCCCUGGGCCACGUCAGCGGCGCUCACAUCAACCCGGCCGUGACCCUGGGCUGCCUGCUGGGCUCGCAGCUCUCGCUGCUCCGUGCCCUGUUCUACGUGGUGGCCCAGCUGCUGGGGGGGGUGGUGGGCGCUGCCAUCCUGCACCAGAUCACCCCGGCAGACUCACGGGAGGGCUUGGCCCUCAACAAGCUGCACAAUGAGACCACGACGGGGCAGGCAGUGACAGUGGAGCUGUUCCUCACCUUCCAGCUGGUCCUGUGUGUCUUUGCUUCCACAGACGAGCGGCGUGAGGACAACCUGGGCUCCCCUGCCCUCUCCAUUGGCCUCUCCGUGGCUGUGGGGCACCUCCUCGGGAUCCGUUACACCGGCUGCUCCAUGAACCCUGCCAGGUCCUUCGCCCCCGCUGUCGUCGUCGGAGACUUCAGCGACCACUGGGUGUUCUGGGUGGGUCCCCUGAUUGGGGCUGCAGCAGCUUCCAUCCUCUACAACUACGUCCUGUUCCCGCAGGCCAAAACCCUCUCGGAGCGCUUGGCCAUUCUCAAGGGCUGCGAGCCUGAGCCGGACUGGGCCGAGCGUGAGGUCCGGCGGCGCCAGUCCGUGGAGCUGCACUCCCCCCAGACCCUGCCCAGGGGCAUGUCUGAGAAGGUGUAG